UUUGUAGGUAUAAAUGAGUACGACGAUCCAACGUUAUCACUUGAGGAAUCUCUUCUCGAUAUUUAUAGAAUUGAUUAUCAUUAUCGUCAUCUUUUUUAUCUUAAAGAAUCGAUUAAGGCUGGUGUAAAUGUAAAGGGAUAUUUUGCAUGGUCUUUCUUGGACAAUUUUGAAUGGCAUAAGGGUUAUACCAUGAGAUUUGAAAUGAUACUUGUGGAUUGUAAAAAUGAUUUAAAAAGAUAUCAAAAGCUUUCAGCAUCUUGGUUCAAGAAUUUUCUCACAACAGAUACCAAACUUUACAUAGAUUCCAUUUAAUAGUGCUACAAAUUUCUUUAUAAACAUUAUAGAUUUAUUUCAUUGUUUGAAUAAGACAAGUAUACAUU